AUGGCGGACGAAGUGUACGACGGUGCCAUUGGCAUUGAUUUGGGUACCACCUACUCCUGCGUUGCCACGUACGAGGGUACCAAUGUCGAGAUCAUUGCCAACGAGCAGGGUUCUUUCACCACCCCUUCUUUCGUCUCCUUCACCGACAAGGAGCGUCUGAUCGGUGAGGCUGCCAAGAACAAUGCCGCCAUGAACCCCAAGAACACCGUCUUCGACGCCAAGCGUCUGAUCGGACGUCGGUUCGAUGACCCAACUGUCAAGAAGGAUAUUGAGUCGUGGCCCUUUACGAUUAUCGACGACAACGGCAGCCCCAAGAUCGAGGUUGAGUACCUCGGCGAGAAGAAGAGCUUCUCCGCCCAGGAGAUCUCCGCCAUGGUCCUUGUCAAGAUGAAGGAGAUUGCUGAGACCAAGCUCGGCAAGAAGGUGGAGAAGGCCGUCAUCACCGUCCCCGCCUACUUCAACGACAACCAGCGCCAGGCCACCAAGGACGCCGGUGCCAUCUCUGGCCUCAACGUCCUCCGUAUCAUCAACGAGCCCACUGCUGCCGCCAUUGCCUACGGUCUCGGCUCCAACAAGUCCGAGAAGGAGCGCAACGUCCUGAUCUACGAUCUUGGUGGUGGUACCUUCGAUGUCUCCCUGCUCAACAUCCAGGGUGGCGUCUUCACCGUCAAGGCCACUGCUGGUGAUACUCACUUGGGUGGACAGGACUUCGACACAAACCUUCUUGAUUUUUGCAAGAAAAAUUUCACCCGCCAAACGAAGAAGGACAUCACUGGCGAUGCCCGCGCCCUCCGCCGUCUCCGCACGGCUUGCGAGCGUGCCAAGCGUACCUUGUCCAGCGGUGCCCAGGCCACCAUUGAGAUCGACUCUCUCUUCGAGGGUGAGGAUUUCACCAUGACCAUCACCCGUGCCCGCUUCGAGGAGCUCAACGCCAAGGCCUUCUCCGGCACCCUCGAGCCUGUCGCCCAGGUCCUCAAGGACUCUGGUGUCGAGAAGUCGGCUGUCGACGAGGUCGUCCUCGUCGGUGGCUCCACCCGUAUUCCCCGCAUCCAGAAGCUCCUGUCCGAGUUCUUUGACGGCAAGAAGCUCGAGAAGAGCAUCAACCCCGACGAGGCCGUCGCCUACGGUGCCGCCGUCCAGGCCGGUAUCCUCUCCGGCAAGGCCACCUCGGCCGAGACCUCGGAUCUCCUCCUCCUCGACGUGUGCCCCCUGUCCCUGGGUGUCGCCAUGGAGGGCAACAUCUUCGCCCCCGUCGUGCCCCGCGGCAACACCGUCCCCUGCCUGAAGAAGAGGACCUUCACCACCGUCGCCGACAACCAGCAGACCGUCCAGUUCCCCGUCUACCAGGGUGAGCGUGUCAACUGCGAGGACAACACCUCCCUGGGUGAGUUCACCCUCGCGCCCAUCCCCCCCAUGCGCGCCGGCGAGGCCGUCCUCGAGUGUGUCUUUGAGGUCGACGUCAACGGUAUCCUCAAGGUCACCGCGACCGAGAAGACCUCGGGCCGCAGCGCCAACAUCACCAUCAGCAACUCGGUCGGCAAGCUCUCGUCGGCCGAGAUUGACAAGAUGGUCAACGACGCCGAGAACUUCAAGGCCAACGACGAGGCCUUUGGCAAGCGUUUCGAGGCCAAGCAGUCCCUCGAGAACUACGUCUCCCGCGUCGAGGAGAUUGUCUCGGACCCCACCCUCUCCCUCAAGCUCAAGCGCGGCCAGAAGGAGAAGAUUGAGUCCACCAUCUCCGACGCCAUGGGCGCCCUCGAGAUCUCCGACAGCACCGCCGAGGACCUCAAGAAGCAGGAGCUCGCCCUCAAGCGCCUUGUCACCAAGGCCAUGUCCUCGCGAUAA